AUGGAGGAGAGGAAACCACCAAGUUCCAAGCCUCACGAUGGCUUCAGCCUGCUGCUGCGCCGCCACGGCGGUUCCAGGAGAAACUCGCUGCUGCGCUGGUGCCAAAGCCGCACGCAGGGCUAUGCGAACAUUGACAUCACCAACUUCAGCAGCAGCUGGGUAGAUGGAUUGGCCUUCUGUGCAGUGUACCAUACAUACCUGCCCUCACACAUCCCCUACAGCAGUCUAAACCCACAAGACAAGAUGGAGAAUCUAAGCCUGGCUUUCCAGACUGGCGAAAGUGUCGGAAUCCCAGCUACACUGACCGUGGAUGAGAUGCUACGAUCAGCUGGACCUGACUGGCAAAGAGUUCUGGGAUACGUGGAGAGCAUGUAUCUCCACUUCGAAAUGUGACUCCACCCUGCGUCUGUUCAUCCAGCAAACAUCCGGCAAAAAAAAGAGCAUGCAGGCUAAAUCUCUAAAAGGAUGGCCGUGUGAAGAUGUACUGCUGGCCGCUGAAUGGAGGUGCAGGGUCUCUGAUGUGUGCUGGUCCCACCAAACAGCCAGGGUCUCAUUCCACCCAGCCCCUUCAUUAACAGGCACUGAGUAGUCAGUUGCAAAAUUGCUGUGUCCGUUAAUAAUACAGGGGCACAAAUAAAUACCGUCACUCCCUAUGGUAAAUGAGUAGUCGUUGAAAAUGGAUAGAUAAAAAACAUAAAAACAUCUACUGAGUGUAUAAAGUUAAACCGUAACCUCCCAAAAUUCCAUAAUUUUUUAUUUUUGCCAGAUUAGGGUGAGAAACAAAUCAAAAGCAUAAUAAAGCCCAAUUAAUGAGCUGAAAUGGAAACCAGCAUAGUGAAGAGGCCUACAUGAAAGCUUAGACUAGUAACAGAGUAGGGCUGCAUGAUAUCAUGUCCAUGAAAUUUCCACGAGUAACAUAUCGAUACUUACAAAACAAAAAAGGAGAUGAAAUUAUCUGAAGUAAACUAUAGCCAAACAGAACUUAUCAUCCAACAGAGUCUGUCAAAUAAGUUGGUGAUGUUGCUCCGAGUUGUGUCAACAGGCACAAAGCAGCACCGACCAAUACGAUGUGAUUAUUGAACAUGCACAUGAUACAUCGUGCAGCCCUUUACCAGAGAUACUAUUUAUCCAAUCACACCAAAAGUAACCAUCACCAAUAGUAUUCUCUUCAGGGUAUCAUCAUAAUAAACAUAAUGUUGGUUUUAAUAUUCCCACAAUGGUCAAUCUUGUUUUCACAUUACCAUCAAUCUUUGCCGUCUGUCCAGCCACUUAUUGUCCAGAAAACAGAGACACAUUUCAGCAAGUCUGGGCUUGCUGUUUUUUUAUUUUAUUUUUAUUAUCCAUAAGACGACUGAGAAAAUAUGAGACCGUUCCUUUUUUUACAUAAGUAUAUUUUAAUGAAUUACUCAUUCAUUUCUGGUUAAUCUUUAUUAGCGCUCAUAGCUGUAAAUAGACUGCAUUAUUAGGUUACGUGUGUGUGUGAGUGUGUGUGUUUGUGCGAGUGGAUGGGGGGGGUCAGUCAUUAAAAGAACAUGUGUACAGUAUAAACUUGUAAGAUGUAUUGCAAAGUAUAUUGUGAUAAAGAAUGGAAAUAA